UCUGUGACACAAAGAGGAAGUCGAUUGUUAGCUGAUAAUGUCCACAUCUUGGUUAAAUUGAAAGAGAAACCGAACGACUUUGACGCUAGCUCAGUAAAUUGCUAAAUUAAGAAAAAUACAUCAAAGCUAGCCUUAUACAAUAGUCAGCCAAAUGUGCUUGUUGUAGUGCUAGCUAAUACUGCAGGUUCAAAUAAUCAAAUGUACUUUAAUUUAAACAACAAUUGCCUAUCCCUCCCUCUACCUGGUUGAUUACAGUUUACCUGUCGUGUAAUGUCAACUGUAUCUGAAGAGCCAGUGAGCUCUAUUAACAAAUAUAAGAAGGCGGCUGGAGGCUGCGUCAUGUGAAGGGGGACCUGUUCUCCUGUCGUGAAGAUGAGGUCCUGGCCUGGCAUCGCUGUCAAAUUCAAGAAACAAUUUAGUGGAGUAGAUGAGCUGAAGAAACAGAAUUACAAAAGAAAAAUACAGCCACAAACCUAUCAAUGACAACCUACGGCAGAGCCUCGAGGACAUGAAGUCUCAUUGCUUACAAAAUGGAGUAACUGGAAUAUCAAUGCCUCGCAUCGGCUGUGGCCUUGAUCGACUGAGUUGGGAUAAAGUGGAGGAGAUGCUUAAGCAGUGCCCUGAAGCUGCCAGAGACGUUUGCCCUGAGGAGGAAGAGACCCAGCACACAAGGGACUGUGUUUGGUCUAGCUGUCUAGGAUGAAGUGGAACCUGUUCAAGAAAAAGCCUGAAGCCAUGGUCGGACCUGAGCCCACCGGGGCUGCUGUCUUAACUGUGGCCCCUGGCCCCGUGGCCUCCACCGCAGCUGACAACUCCACAGAGGCUGUCAAGAACGGCGACUUCGACGAUAUCAAGAAUAAGUUCCUCAAUGAGAUCGACAAGAUCCCAUUGCCGUCAUGGGCCAUCAUCGCCAUCGCUGUGGUAGCUGCUACCCUGAUUCUCACCUGCUGCUUCUGCAUCGUUAAGAAGUGCUGUUGCAAGAAGAAGAAGAACAAGAAGGGCAAGAAAGGGAAGGGUGAAAUGGGAAUGAAGAACAUGAAAGAAGGAGAGAAACAGGACGAUGAUGAUUAUGAUGAAGAUGACGCUGAGACUGGUAUGACUGGAGAUGAGAAAGAGGAAGAGGUGAAGGAGAAAGAAAAGCUCGGGAAGCUUCAGUACUCCAUAGAUUAUGACUUCCAGGACAACAAGCUCACAGUGGGCCUCCUCCAAGCAGCUGAUCUCCUCUCCAUGGACAGCGGUGGCACAUCGGAUCCCUAUGUCAAGGUCUACGUCCUCCCAGACAAGAAGAAGCAUUUUACCACCAAAGUGCACAAGAAGACACUGAAUCCUACCUUCAAUGAGACCUUCAUCUUCAAGAUUCCAUUCCAAGAGAUGGGUGGCAAGACUUUGGUCAUGCAGGUCUUUGACUUUGACCGCUUCUCUAAGCACGACGUCAUCGGAGAGGUGAAACUACCCUUGCACAAACUGGACCUGGCCCAGCCACUGGAGGAGUGGAGGGACCUGGACAGUGCAGAGAAAGAAGAGCAAGAGAAGCUGGGAGAUAUCUGCAUCUCUCUGCGCUACGUGCCCACUGCCGGGAAACUCACCAUCUGCAUCCUGGAGGCCAAGAACCUCAAGAAGAUGGACGUGGGAGGACUGUCAGAUCCCUAUGUGAAGAUCAACUUGAUGCAGAACGGCAAGCGUCUGAAGAAGAAGAAGACCACGGUGAAGAAGAACACUCUGAAUCCAUACUACAACGAGUCCUUCAGCUUUGAGAUCCCUAUUGAGCAGAUGCAGAAAAUCCAAGCUGUGGUCACAGUGCUGGAUUAUGACAAGAUUGGUAAAAACGACGCCAUCGGAAAGAUCUGGGUGGGCAGCAAGGCGACGGGCACCCAGCUGAAGCACUGGUCCGACAUGCUGGCCAACCCUCGCCGCCCCAUCGCUCAGUGGCAUCCACUGCAGCCCGAGGAGGAGAUUGAUGCUUCGCUGGCAGCCCUGAACGCCAAGAAGUAAACCUCCUCUAUCCCAAACACCCAUACCCAAACCUACCUAUCCACCUCACCCCUGGUCAUACACAUCUCCCAAUACUACAUUCCAAACCAACACACCAACCGAUUCUACACCCUUCACCUCAAAAUAUACAUAAAUAUACAUAUCCUAAUUGACGUGAUGAAAACAUUAUAGAGUAGAAAAGCGUUGUAUUCCCCCUCAGCUGUGCCAUUCCACAAGGAGAUGUUACAAGACAGAUUACUCAUUUCAUUGCAUUGGAAACAUACAUUUGUAUUGGGGUUGCAGUUAGUAACAUGUUAUCAUGAAGAUAGCCUAGCGUGCGAAAACAGGAGUCCGAUGUGAUGGAGGAUGAGGAAAGUACAACCAUGUAUUCACUCUUUCUGUACCUUUUCAACCCCCUCCCCUUAGAGAAAAUGUUUGCUUCAAUACUGCUUAAUACUUCAAAUGCUUUAUACUGCCAUGUAAUAGAAGAAAAACACAAGCAGGUUCAUUCCUUGGGUGUAUUGUUGCACCAUGAUCCACACCUGCCAGUUACUUACUGACUAGAUGCCAUUAGUUUGAACUACAUUCCUAGAGUUGGGUAAAGAGUAGGGAUAGCCAAUAUCCAGAUACCCCACACUGUUAACACACUGCCUUUUUGAUCAUUAGCUCAUCUGCUCACCCAUAUUCUCAGGUACACUGAGAGAAAACUGAAACGUCAUGCCUUUCUUUCUAAACGGGUUGUCAUUCAAAAUGCUCCGAAACAUGAUUUGAAAACCUCUGUCUGGUGCUGGAUUGGUUUCUUGUUCAAUGAUCUGAGACUAGUCUAAGUAUAUCACUGAAAUUAACCAGGGGAUAGUCUCUCUAGAGUGUCUCUCGAUAGCACAGUUUGUGGCUGUCAAUCAACAGAGUUGAGAUGUGAGACGUGUUUAGGGUAAAGGGACUAUGAGCCACUGUAAGGGUCUAGCUUGGGCUAUGCUGGGAAAACAUGCGAGAGACAGAGAGAAUAUCUAUGUGGAAACUCGAAGGACUGAAUGGGACCCUGGUUGACACAAUGUUGUUUGUCAGGUGUCUAUUCUACUGCCUGCAAUCUACCACCUUCUCCUCCAAUGCCUCUAGUAUAUAUAAUCUAUCUCCCUGUUCAGUGCUACUGCCAUUAGUCAUGGAUUCACAACAAGGAUUUCACUUCUUCAAAGGAAUCCCUGUAUCCGUCUUACAGUCAUAAAGGAGACAAGCCUUCUAAGAAAUGAAAUAAGCAAUUCUCAACUACCAGGGACGCCUUCCAAUUAGCUGUGUUGUUUUUUACUCACCCUCUUAUUUUCAACUUCAAACACUUUUAUUCCUCAAGCACUUUAAAUCCAAAUGUUCUGUUCUGCUUAUCCUACUCUCCAAAAACCAGAGCUUUAACAAUUUAUUUUAUGAUGAAUAAUUCCUGGUAAAAAAAAAUUAAAAAACAAGAGCAAGAGAGGGAAUUUGAGUGAAUCAUUGUUUUUGUUUGUUUGGUUUGAUCAUUUGUAACCUUGCCUGUCUUGUGACUAUACUUUGAUUGUUCUGAGAACAUUUUCUCUUAAGUUUGAUUGAAAGGAUAAGGUCUGGAAGGGGGUACUGUUGUGUGUAUGUUAUACACAGAUGGCCAAACUGCUGAGUCCAAUUGCACUAUACUGGAUAUCACUCUGUUAUGUGGUUAUAGACGUUGUUCUUUGAUCUAUGUUGUUUUUGUGACGAGAUGUUGUGAGUUUGAGUUGGUUGUGGAGUGUACAGCCACACAAGUCAGGUCUCAUAUUAGAAAGUCUGCUGAUUGGGGAAGAGACACGUUUUAGUCAAAUGCUGCUCCUCGGAUCCUUCACUUGAAUGAGUGAUUUUUACACUGACUUUUCUCUUGGGAUAAAUUUGAUUAUAAAAGUGGGCAUAUGACUGAAUGAAAUGUACAAUUUGCUUACCCUCUUAAACGUGUAAAAGUCCAAGCAAAUAUAUAAUUAGAUAAGAGCCACCCUGGUCAUUUGAUGGAACGUGAAUUGUUCCUGUGCACCAUCUUGUUCAAAAAAACAAAAUGGUACGAAAAACGACUCGAUUGUGUUCGAGAACAAGCAAAGCAAUUUAAUGUUUUAACAGUUUGAUAACUUUUAUACUGGAAUAUUUUUGGGAAUUACAGUAGUGAUUGUUGGUUCAUUUAUUACUUUUCUCUUUUGGGCAACCAUUUCUUCCUUUAUAUGUCCAGUAGGGGUCAGAUGAGUUAUGUUUUACAUUUCGUAAAUUCUCUAUGUUCAAAAAGCAACACUAAAGAAAAGACAACAUGCAAGCAAUCAAACAACCCAUCGCUGUGUAGUUUCCUAUAUACAUAGUUCAUGCAUGUUUCUACAAAAUACUGUACAUAAGAGCAUGUUUUAGAGAUAAAGCAAUUAUAUCUUGUGUACGUACGUAUGUGGGUGUCAUUUGUCAUUUUAAUACUGUAACAAUGGAGGAAAACGAUGCACAGUAUAUUUUCGAAAUUAAUCAAAUGUGUAUUAUUUUCCAUGAAUGGGUUAUUGGAGAGAAUGUCAUAAUAUAUUAGAAAUACGAUCCUGUCCACGCCUGAACUUUUGAGUAAGUGCGUUGUGAAGUACUGUGUGUGAGUUCAUGUAGGAUGAAAACGUAGCUGCAUGCUUGCUAUCUAACUCCUUGUGCUAUUUCAUUUGGACUAAUCAUCAUUUAUUUCAUAUGAAUUUAUUCAUACAAUGUUUUAUUUUGUGAUUAUUUAAGUGUAUUGUUGUUUUCUUUACAAAUAUGAAACAUUUAGGGGUCUCACAGUUCAAGAAAUAUAUAUAUCCCGAAGUGGAACUCCAAUGAUCAGUGCCAAUGCUGAAAUGAGACAGAAGUGAACCCACACAUCUCCACACUGUGAACAAAAAGACCCCUAUUUUCCAUUUGUUGGUUUUGUUUGACUUUGCGUUGGUUUAAUGACCUGAUACCCUUUUGCAAUUCUGGAUAUUUGACAGUGUUUAUUAAAGGAAUAUGUGUACGUGUAUACAGAUAGUUGAAUUAGAUCAAAACUAAAGCCAUAAGACUCAAGCACUAGCUCUUUAGAGCUCUGCUGAGUAACUAGAGUUAGAGAAGUGUUUUUGACGACACAUCUAUAUAUUCCUAGUUCAGUGUUUCUCUUCUACAUUACCUUCAGAACUCUGUACUCAUCUAGAUUCCAGAAGGCAAAAUACUGAGCAGUUGUGAGUUUAGUAGAGUGGAUGUGAUUUUGUUUUCUACUAUGAAGUUGUUGAAGUUGUCUUUAUUUUCUAAAUGUAGUAGCAGAUUUUUUUCCUGUGAUGUCAUUUGUAUAUGCCUUGUUUUGAUAGUAGGAAUCAUGGGUCAUGGUCUUCUUAUGUCAAAAGAUGCUAUCGGAAAUAUUCAAAAGGCGGCAUGCAGAACAUUUACAUGAUCCAACUGUGUGUCAGGCUGGUCUGUCGGUGAUCCUUGGGCUGAGUGCAAUUCAUUUAGGACCCUGACUGCGGUCUAUGGACCCCUCUAUAGGAACUAUGCUGUCACGGAACAGCUAAGUUUUCAUCCCCAGUGGCUUUACAGACAUGACUUAUACAUAUGAUAUAUCGUGAUCAACGAUAUGCCAAACAAUCUAUAUCUAACUUGUAACAAUGCCAAGCCUCAGCAUCAUUGAUUUGAUCAACAUCUGGUGCGUUCAUGGUAACCUGUAAAGUUAAGAUAAAUCAUCUACAGCAUAAUCUUAGCCACUUUGAUGGAAACUAGCUGUGUCAAGUCGACAUUUCGUCUAAUGGCAACAUUAUUUAAAUAAUAACAGUGUUGUCUGAUGUCCCAUUCAACAUGUUUGCAACAAUGUAAUAGCAGGCUCAUUGAUGUUGCUUCUUCACUCAAUGUUACAAUCGAACCUGUUGGACUGUGACCGAACCCGAGGCACAUUAAUCCAGUUGAAGAUUUCAGUGUCUUUCUAAAAUACUGCCAGUAUAUCCAUCUAUAUGUACAAUUCUAUGAAGAUCCUCAUCAGUAAUCUGUUUGAAUCUAUUUCAGAGCCAAAAUAAUUCCACUGAUGCGGAUGCAGAUUAGACGAUAAGAUAACUUUCAUUAAAGGUUAAUAUACAGCACAUUUGUGUCAAAAAGAUUGUUUCAAUGCAUUUUACACUGCCACGGUCAUUGCAAUCAAGACCACCAGCUGGACAGUUAGGUCUAUGGAGGAAAGAGACUGAGAACUGUGUGUUUGUCUGUAUUUAUCUAUGUGUGUUAUAGCAGAGGUUCUCAAACUUUUUGGGGCCGGUGACCCUUUUUGUGAUAGCAAAUUCAUCAGGGACCCCCUCAUAAAAAUGUAAAAGAAAUAUAUAUAUAUAGCAUACAGGGAGUUUUACUAUGACUUCGGAAGUGCAUGGCCAGACUAAGGAACAUUUUAAAGGCCCACCUCUUGGCAUCUGAGAAAAUGUUGCAGUUUUCAAGCUAAUAUCCUGCAAUUCUACACUAUUUUGCAAUGAUGCAGAGAGAAAAUGUUUCAGUUUUAAAGUUGGAAGUGUUUUGUUUUUUUGCCCUAACACCAAACAGAUGAUUCACAUGAUUACAGCGUGAUGAUUAUUUGAAUCAGCUGUGGAGUACUAUGGCAAAAACCAAAAGGUGCACCCCUUGGUGUCCUGAGGACUGCCUUUGCGGAACCCUUUCUAAAUUGAAACAAUAACAAAGAACUGUGUUCUGGUAAAAAGCUGAGUGAUGAGUCUGGAGAAAUGUAACAACUCUUAAAUGUAUAGACAGAGCUAUGGAUACAAGGACUGACUGACACAAUCAAAAUGAUAGUUUUAACAAUAUGUUGAGGCUAUGCAGUGUUUGUUUACGUUUACAUCGUUUACAAACAUUGGAGCAAAACAAGCUUAUAUUUUGGGUUCUGAUAGGGUACGGUAUGACAGUUGAACUAAGCUCAUGAGGCAUUUAUAAGUUAUAUUAUGGUAUUCCAUACCAAAAAUGGAUGUAGCAACUAAGGAUUCUCGCUUUAAAUUACAAAGCAUUUACGUGUGGGGGAGGUACAAUAAUUAUUAAGAAGAAAAAUUGAUAAUUGGUGGAGCACUGUGGAUACCAUUAUCCCUGUGAGCCUCCCAGGCCCAUGUUGUUAAGAACAUAGAUUCUAGAUGAAUAAUAUGACAUUGUAUUACACCCUCUAAACUUCUUCCACAGAUUCAUUGAACCUGAAAUAUGAUUUGCGAUAUGACCAUGGACCCCACUUUGAGAACCCCUGUGUCAUAGGAACAAAGAGCAUAGGGCCUUUCUAAAGUGAGCUGUUGCAGUGUAAAAACACAGUACUACUGGAACUUACUAUAGCUAAACAUAUAUAUCUGCAUGCCCAGAAUACAUAAACCAUGCCUAAUUGUACAUUUGUGGUGAUGAAAAUAAUUAACAAACAUGUUUUUAUUUACAAUGGUUAAUAGAGUUUAAAAUGAUUGCUAUUAUAGGAUUACAUAUUUUUUGAUAGAUACAGUUUAUCAAUUUAGGCUACCUUAUGCACAACUGCUUCAGAAACUAACUGUAGACUAUAUCUCAGCAGGGGAGAAACAACGGAUUGAGAGCAUGAUGAUUCACACACUACAUACUACAGUUCUUUUGUACUACUGGCUGCUUUGUUUCUAUUAAAUGACAUUUAAGUACAUUAUAAAAAGGGGUCAAUGGGACUUAAAGAGAAACUCUCCAAACUAAAGUCCAUCAUAUUCUCCAACUUCCAUGUCUGCAAUGUGUUAGGGGGUGUCAUUGGGCAUAGGUCACUCACCACCUAACGAUGUGUUCUCCUGUCUCUGUUUGCGUAGCUCGCUUUGUACUGUAAUAAUCACUAGGUUAGUGUUGUGUUUCUUUGUGUUAUAUUAAGAAUGCGAAACUGCAGUAGGGCCAAUUGAAGAGACAAUUAUUGAACUUUUCCACCAUGAAGUCACUGUUUUGUCUUACCAUUAACGUGCUGUUGUGGAACUGGGCUCGCGGAGGUCUUUGGAUCCAGAAUUAUAAUGACAGAUUUUCAGAGGAACGUCGUCCUUCACGUUUACAACAUGGAUAUAUAUAUACAGUACUGCCAAAAUGCGCAGAAUAGUACCAACUCCUUGAACUUUUCCUUCACUCCUCAUUCUCCAUACUAGGAUUGUAUUCCAAAAGACUGUUUUCCUUUGUUCUCUCUUCAUCCUCUUUUUAAGCCUCAGAGGACCAUGAGAUUGUGCGUCCUCGGGCUGUGUUUCUCUGUGUCUUAGUGUUGUGGUGCGUGUGUUCAUGUCAGUACUUGUGCCUACUGUGGAUCGCAUGCUUUAGCCCUUGACUGGACACAAAACGUUGCUCAAAUACAAACUCCCUACAGCCCGUCAGCGGAUGAGCAUCGAGGAUCCUUGUAAAGUUAUCGAGGGAACCAAAUAACUCAAUACAGAUCUAUCAUAAGUGUUACCAGCUCUGUACGAAACAAAUAGGAAAUAAAGGCCUUUUAAUUA